UCUCCAGUCCUCAGCUCGCCGCUGCUUGGUGUAACGUAACGUAACGUUAGUUAUUGAUGUUAUGGAGAAGAAAGCGAACGAGGGAUUCACAGCUUAGCCACUACAUUCUCCCUACUUACAUAUUAAAUCUUGGAAGCGGAAAUCUCCUUCGACAGAACGGCAGACUGAACUGACGGAUUUUUUUUUUCAUUGUCCCGUGGGAGAAAAGAAACGCACGAACUUAACAUGAAGAGAAUAACGGGGAAGACGAAAGAAGCUACUUUAAUAGAAAUGUCCAACACUCUGGAUUCUCAGAUUGAAGAUGGCUGUGCCGUUCUGACGGGCUACCGGAGGACCUUUCAGGCAGGUAAUAAUGGCAGCAUUAACUCCAUCUCUGACCGAGGGAACCAGCUGCCUGGUCACCGAGAGAUGUUUGAUGAGAACAGGAGCUCUGUGUUCUUUAAGGAUGGUGUACGGCGCAUUGACUUCGUCCUGUCCUACGUUGACGACAAGGAUGGAGACAAAAAAGCGGAGAGAAGAAGAGAGUUUGAAGCCAACCUGGAGAAGUCUGGUCUUGAGCUGGAGACUGAAGAUAAAUCGGAGUCAGAUGAUCGUAAGACAUAUUAUCUGAAGAUCCACGCUCCAUGGGAAGUGUUGGCCACCUAUGCGGAUGUGCUAAAGAUCAAGGUGCCCUUUAAAGCGAGCGAUAUUCCCAAAGCUCGAGAAGUUCCUCUGGAGUGGCUCACUCACCCCUUUCGGCUUCCAGAUGGCAUCAUGAGGCCAGAGCCGGACUACUUCACUGCACCUUUUGACAAGAGCAAGGUUGACUUCUUCCUCAUUGAUGAUAAGGAUACAUUUUUUCCUCCCUCCACACGCAACAGGAUUGUGUACUACAUCCUGACCCGCUGCCCGUACUACAAGGAAGACCGUAAAGAGAAAGAUAAGACUGGAAUCAAACGACUGCUGAACAACGGCACCUACACCUCAGCUUAUCCUCUUCAUGAUUGUCGGUAUUGGAAGAAAGCACCAGACAUGCAGUGUGAGAGUGAAAGGUAUUACCUGUAUAGCCACUGGGCUCGAUUCUUCUGCUUCUACAAGGAGCAGCCACUCAAUCUGAUCAAGAAGUACUAUGGUGAGAAGAUUGGGAUCUACUUUGCCUGGCUGGGCUUUUACACAGAAAUGCUGUUUUUUGCUGCAGUCAUGGGCGUGAUCUGUUUUGUUUAUGGCGUGCUCAGCUACGAUGACAACAUCACAAGCAAGGAGAUCUGUGACCCAGAAAUUGGAGGGAUGAUUGUCAUGUGUCCUCUCUGUGAUCAAAAGUGUAGCUACUGGAAACUCAACUCAACAUGUCUGUCCUCCUGGCAAUCCCAUCUAUUUGAUAAUGAGGGGACUGUGUUCUUCGCCAUGUUCAUGGGCAUUUGGGUGACCCUGUUCCUAGAGUUCUGGAAACGGCGGCAGGCCCGUCUGGAAUAUGAGUGGGACCUUGUGGACUUUGAAGAGGAGCAGCAGCAGCUACAGAUCAGGCCAGAGUAUGAGUUGAAGUGCACUGGCCGCAGACUCAACCGCUUCACUCAGGAAAUGGAGCCUUAUCUUUCUUUCCCCAGCAAGUGUGCUCGAUUCUGCCUGUCUGGAGCAACUGUUCUUUUCUGGACGUUUCUGAUAGUGGCCUGUAUAAUGGGGGUGAUCGCUUACAGAUUAGCGGUUUAUGCAGCAUUUGCCAGUGUCAUGAAGGACAACCCCACCAGUAAGAUCCAGCUUGUGGGUUCUCUCAUCACUCCUCAACUUGCCACCUCUGUCACCGCUUCAUGCAUCAACUUUGUCAUUAUCCUCAUCCUCAACUUCCUCUAUGAGCAAGUGGCCAUCUGGAUCACUGAUAUGGAGAUUCCCAAGACCCAUCUGGAGUAUGAGAACAAGCUGACCAUGAAGAUGUUUAUGUUCCAGUUUGUGAACUACUACUCUUCCUGUUUCUACGUGGCCUUUUUUAAAGGGAAGUUUGUGGGUUAUCCGGGAAACUACAGUUAUAUGUUUGGAAAGUGGACCAGUCUGAGAAAUGAAGAGUGUGCCCCCGGGGGCUGUUUGAUUGAGCUGACCACACAGCUGCUCAUCGUCAUGGCUGGAAAACAAAUGGUUGGGAACGUCCAGGAGGCUCUGCUUCCACUUCUCAGAAACUGGUGGGGCAGCAGGAAAGGGCGGAGCCAUCCAGAAAGUACAUACAGUAGAUGGGAGCAGGACCACGAUCUGCAGAACUUCAGCCAGUUUGGACUCUUCUAUGAGUAUCUGGAGAUGGUGAUCCAGUUUGGCUUCAUAACACUUUUCGUAGCCUCUUUUCCACUGGCCCCUCUUCUUGCUCUGUUCAACAACAUCCUGGAGGUGCGAGUCGAUGCUUGGAAGUUUACCACACAGUUCAGAAGGCCAGUGGCAGCAAAGGCACGCAACAUAGGAGCAUGGGAAGAGAUCCUUAAUGUGGUGGCCAUCUUGUCCGUAGUCACAAAUGCCUUCAUCAUGGCAUUCACCUCAGAUAUGAUUCCUCGUCUGGUCUAUCUGUACGCCUACCACCAAGGCAGCGAGGCCUCUAUGAGAGGUUACAUCACCAACAGCCUCUCCUUUUACAACAUCUCUCAGAUCCCUGAAGAUAACCUACCCGAACCUGGAGAAAACCCAUCCUGGUUUAACAGCUCUACCAUCACGACAUGCAGGUAUCGGGACUAUAGAUACCCACCCGGCCAUGAAAAGCAAUACACACACACAAUGCAGUUCUGGCACAUCUUGGCUGCUAAGCUAGCCUUCAUCAUCAUCAUGGAACACAUUGUAUUUGUGGUGAAAUUCUUUGUGGCGUGGCUGAUUCCAGAUGUGCCGUCAGACGUGAAAGCGCGUAUAAAGCGGGAGCGCUUUUUGGUUCAGGAAUACCUCCACAACUAUGAAGUGGAGAAACUUAAAAUGCAGCUGAGUCAGAGUUUCUGCUUGUCCACAGAAACGGCCUCACUGCUGCCCUCUAGUCCUAAUAAACACCAGGUGCUCUCUGAAUGUAUUUGAACAUCCAUGAGCCCUCAGGACUAAUCAAAUGUACUGUACAAUGCAAAGCAUGGAGGAAUCAAAUCUUCGGGACCCCCUUCAAAUAUUUAUUGCAAAAAAAACUGCCUGCCCGUAUUCAGACAACUGCCAGAACUUUUACAAAGAACGACCCGCCUAACAAUGAUACAAACCUGCAGUUUUUUUCCUGCUUGCGGAGAACAAUACAGUUUUUUUUGUUUUUUUUUACAUGUCUGGAGUGCACUUGUAUAACUAAACUCUUUCAAUGGAGAAAGGCUUGGAGACACAUCACAGUGAUUUUAACCGCAAACCCUCUUGAAUGCAGAGCCCGGUGCUCAUGUUGCCUCGAGAGCAAGUUCAGAUAUGCUCAUUAGAAGACUUAAGAAAAUGUUUUUCGAAGGCAAUAAAGCUUUUACGUCUGUCCAGCUUGUUGCCAUAACCUUUUUCUUUUGAAGAUGUGAUCUUUUUCCCUGUGCGUAUGACUGAAAGAGGUACUUGUAGUCGUUUUUUGUUUGUUUUUUGCUUCUUUUUCUGAUCUGUCAGGUUUUUUUUUAUUUUUUUAAGAUUUUUAAAAAAUUUAACAGUUAAUAUUUGUUUUUGUCCAGCUGCAGUUUUCUUUCCCCUUUUAUAACACAUAAUAGCAUCAUCAUGUCUGUAGUACUUGCAUUAUCAUGUUUCUCAGAAUAUUUAUAUUUUUAUUGUUGAUAUUCUUUUAAUUAAUACAGUACCUUGUAGAAAAAAUUGCUACCCACACAUUCUGUUCAAUGUAAUAUUAAAAGAUAUUUUUCUUAUGAUUAUUAUUGUUAGCUUUCAUCGAGGAUGUAUUUAUUGCUUUAGAAUAAUCAUAUAACUGAUUUAUUAUCUGGUUGGAAGGAUUGUGUUUUAAGCUCUAUAAUGACUUGAUAUGUAUUUUCUGAUGCUUCAGAAAUCAGAAAUUCAAGCCAUUAUGCAUCACCUCAUUCUGUCUAUGUUUGCACAUAUCGUAUAUCUGAGGAUAAUGAACAUUAGCUGUUAUCUUUAAUCAUGACAAGCAGAACACUAGUCUUUUUUUCAUUAUAUUAUUUCACUGUAAUUGAGUUCUGCACAAUAGCACUAAACAGGAUCAGUUUAGAUUUUUGCCAUCAGUUCUCCAUGCAUUAGUUACUUUGAUAAUCACCCUGAUAACUGAUAUUUGAUAUUACAGCAGUGAUGGGGUGAAUUAAUUCAGGGAAACAGGCUGUCAGAGAACAUUUUUCAGCUGCCCCAUCUAGAUUCCAGAUGUUUGGGUUACUACAUUCUGUAGCACUGUUGAUGAACACUAUUCACUCAGUGCCAACCAUCCUCUACAGAGACUUGAAAACAAGCAAGCAUGUUAAUAUUAUGUCCCAGGUGUGUGAAAGUGUCUUAUCAAUUUAACUACACACGACUUCCUUGUACAGAACAUUUUGUGAGCCAUACAUGUUAAUUUCACACAAAUGUGUUUAAAUUCUCUCUAUAUAUUUUUUUUUAGCUCGUCGAGUGAUCUAUGCUGUCUUUCAUAGAUCUUUUAUGGAUAAUACAAUUACUGUUUACAGAAUUAUUAUUGUAUUGUGUGUUGCUAUACUUGUAAAAAAAAUGUUUUAUUCAAAACAAAACAUAAUCUAUGUGCCCAAUGACAAUAUUUAAAAAAUGUUACAGGGACAUUUGAAAAAUGUCAACAACAAAAAAAAAAAAAUGCGCUUAGUUAGGAUUUCUUUGUGUUUAGAUGAGAACGUCACCCAUGCCUUUGCCUUAAUUAUUUUCUUUGACAAUGAUGUAUGUGUAUUUUUUAUUUGGCCUACAAAUGUUUACAGAAUGAGUUGUAUGAAAGCCGUGUGAAAAAAAGAAGAAUUGUGAAUAUUAAUGAAUCAAGGUUUUAAAAGAAAUUAUUGUUUGCAGUCAAAUGACGAGAAUGUGCCAAAAUAAAGUCAAUGAAGUAUAUCACA